AUGAAGGAAUUGGAUACGGCACAGGCCCAAUUAGAUGAAAAACAGCGAGAGUUGGAUCUCGUUCAGGCAGAGUACGAUAGAGCAAUGGCAGAGAAACAGACUCUAACGGAUAAUGCAGAGGCCUGUAGGCGCAAAAUGUCAAAUGCAACAGCCCUCAUCCAGGGUCUGGCAGGAGAACGAAUUCGCUGGACAGAGGCCAGUCGAAUGUUUUCCGAUCAGAUUAAUCGACUGGUUGGUGAUGUUUUGCUAGCAACUGCGUUCCUCUCCUACUCCGGACCCUUCAAUCAAGAUUUCAGGAAUCUUCUCAACCGGAACUGGCGAAAAGAAUUAGUCCAAAAUAAAAUACCUUUUUCUGAUGAUUUGAAUAUAAUUACGAUGCUUGUGGACAAUGCCACCAUGGGUGAAUGGAAUCUACAGGGCCUCCCCAACGAUGAACUGUCAAUCCAGAAUGGCCUGAUUUCCACACGCGCCACGAGAUACCCUCUACUGGUGGACCCGCAGGGACAAGGAAAAGCUUGGUUAAAAAAGAAAGAAGCAAACAAUGAUCUUCAGGUAGUUCCCUUAUUUGGCCCUAUUCCCACUAGGUUGAACAAGUCUCCCUAUUAA